AGGAUGGCAGCCUUACUAAUAUACAGAGAUUUAAUCAGCAGUUGCGCAUAAAUGAGGACUACUACUAUGAUCAAGCGGAAGCUAAAACAUUACAGACAAUUAAAAAUAGUAUAGAUCGGUUGGACAGUGUGGAUCUUAACGCACCAUGUCCGGAGACAUUGUGGGAGCGUGGGACGUGUCGCUAAGUGAUGGCAUUUACCGAAUUGAGUUUGAACAUGGAACAACAACAGGGAAACGGGUCAUUUACAUUAAUGGGAAGGUGAGAAGUAGUCAGUAUUUUCCCGAUUAGAAUGUAUUUAUUUUAUUUGUCAUUAUGUUAGAUUAGAUUAUAUAGUUCAGUUGUCUUAUAUUUUUUACAUAUGUAGGCAUAUGUAAUCAUUAAAUCAUAGGCUGUGGCCUACUUCAUAUACAAAGUUUUAUAUUUCAAGUUUCUAUUAAUAUUAAUGUAUUUGUGUAAUCUUUUUAUUUUACCAUGAAUUUGAUAUUAAGACAAUAAUAAGAUAAGGUAAUGAUAUUAAGAUAAGGUGAAAUAUGUAUCUUAUGUUAUUAUAAUUAAGAUAAUAAAAUAAGAUAAUAUCUGAUACUAUGUAGAGGCCAGAUAUUAUAUGAAUAAGAUCAUAUAAAAUAAUUAUAUUAAGUCCUAUCCACUUUUUAAGAGGUGUUGAGGAGGGAUUGGAUGUUCAAACUGGUGGGCAAAGAAACAUUCCCUGUUGGGAGUACAGAUACAAAAGCAACCAUAUCUAUUGAGGCGAUCACUGGGUUUUCCUAUGAGUACACACUGGAAAUCAACGGAAAAAGCCUCCAAACUUUUUUGGACAACCGAACAAAAAUGUCCAAAACAUGGGUGCUGAAACUGGGUGGUGCUGAUUACAGGAUAGUUCUAGAGAAAGACACUAUGGAUGUAUGGUGCAAUGGACAGAAAAUGGAGACUAUGGGGGAGUUUACAGAAAAUGGAAGCGAGACACACUUUGCAGUGGAGAACCAUGAAUGCUGCAUUAAAGCAUCAAGUAGUGGAAGGAAGCGAAACGGAAUAGUUCAUUCCCUGCUGGUGGAUGGACUUAGGAUAGAAGAGGCCAUUGAGUAAAAUGGAGGCUAAUGGAUUUCAGCUGUGCAAGACAUUUUGCAACAGUGUACUUUAUCAGAAUUAGAUACAGAUGGCAUCGAACAUGUUUAUUUUUCUUCAGGGGAGCCACUAUGAUGGUAUUUGUUCAUUUAUUUGUUACAAAGAUGUUAAAGGUUUUAAAGUAAAGUACCCCACCAACAUAUUUAAUGAAUGGCUUGGCUAUCAGUAUCUAUGAUACUGUAUUAUGCUGAAUAUCAAAGGUUUUUGUGUCUAUCUGUUAAUAAGAGAUUUGUGGACACAUAAAUGUUUCAGAUGUGUGGAUUAAAAAAUAUAGUUUUUAUUUUGAAAGGGUAAAAUCAGAGCAUUGUGGUAAGAUGCCCAGACAAAAGGCACUUAGUGGCAUGUUAUUACUUACAGUUAUUAUUUUCGAUUUAAUAAUUGCUAUAUUUAAUGGGAUUAAUAUUCAG